AGAAAAAAGAAAAAAGAAGAAGCUUCCAAGUUCAAUCCGUGGUGUCCAUUCUCAAAUGCGGGUAGAGUAUCUACUUGUGUUGGCACUGGCAGCCAUUUUCCUUGUUCUAACACAAAAAAUUUUCCACCUCAGCCCUAGUCUGAAUUCUGAAAUUCCAUUCCCGCUCCCUACUCUAUUCAUACCCAAAACCAAUCUCCCGCCAUUUGCAAUUCUCCAAGCCCUUCAACCGUCUCCUCCUCCAAUUUCCAUUUCCAUUUACCUUAAAACCCAAUUCCUUCUCUGUUUUUUCCUUGCUCUUCUCCAAAUUCCUUGCCAAUCUAGGACUUUUAAUUACCUCGAAUACCUUUUAAUUGUUUGUUUAUUUUCUUUCCUGGAUUCUGUUUCGCCUUUAGAUGAAGCUUCUCGAAUCUAGGGUUUCAAUUUGAUUUCUCUUCACAAUGAGUGCUGUCAAUAUCACUAACGUUACUGUACUGGAUAAUCCGGCGCCGUUUUUGUCCCCUUUUCAGUUCGAGAUCUCUUACGAGUGCUUGACUCCUCUCAAAGAUGAUUUGGAAUGGAAACUAAUCUAUGUGGGGUCAGCUGAGGAUGAGACAUAUGAUCAACUUUUGGAGAGUGUUCUUGUUGGGCCCAUCAAUGUUGGAAACUAUCGAUUUGUUUUGCAGGCAGACCCACCUGAUCCUUUGAAGAUUCGCGAAGAAGAUAUCAUUGGCGUGACAGUGCUUUUGUUGACCUGCUCCUAUCUGGGUCAGGAAUUUGUUAGAGUUGGUUACUAUGUUAACAAUGACUAUGAAGAUGAGCAACUGAGAGAGGAACCUCCAUCAAAAGUGUUAAUUGAUAAGGUUCAAAGAAACAUUUUGUCUGACAAACCCAGGGUCACAAAGUUCCCCAUCAAUUUUUAUCCUGAGAACACUGAAGCUGCUGAGGAACUUCCUGCACAUGAUCAACCUGCAGAAACUGAUGGAAAUGAAGAACAGUUGCUACCUUCUCCUGAUCAAUCUUCAGAUAAAGAGGGAUGAUAAAUCUAAUGACCAUUUCACCAACUGAUGGCCUAGCAAGUUUCCCUUUCAAGUUCAUAUCUUGUUAAAUCAACACAAGUGAUGCCUUUGCCAGAUAUUUUGAUAAAUGGCAUCUGGGGAGCUACUUAUUCAACUUUACAAAAUGUUUGGAGGAAGUGGUGGUGGUGGUGGUGGAUAGCCUGGGCUCUAACGUGCUACUUUUACUUUCUCUUUUAAGCUCUAUCACAUUACGUUCUAAUUGGAUUGUGUGAUCAUAUGAAAAGAUACAUUUCAAAUUCAUUAUCUUGGUA